UGCGUGAUGCUUCGUCUGCUGUAACUUCUCUAUUGACAAACAUAAAUAAGGCAGCUAGAAGUUCGGUAUCAGUUCAGGGCCACGUUCACAUGCAAGAAAAGACAAACUUCAAGAAACUACUGAAUACAAUGAAUUUUUAAUGUGACAGAACAAAGAGAGAGAUUGCUCAUGGUGCCUGGCGCAGUCGUCUUCAUUGUCAGACAACCAUGGGAAGGAUUGAUCCUGCGGACUAGAGCACUUUAUCGCGCUUGCAUUUUUUGUGGUGCUGUCCCUGUCCAUUUGUAGAUUCAGAAUCCAAAUUCGGCCGUGUGGAUAGGCAGCUUUGUCGAAUGGAUUGUCCCUCCUAGAUUUUCUUAAACAUACCCGUCGUGGCUGAUGAUUAUGGCCUCGGCUGCGAGCUGUGCGACGUUCUAAUUACACGACUUUACUUAGAAACAAGUACUUUUACACACAAACAGCCGAUAUUAAAACGCUGACUGAACUCAAUUUCACGAAGGCCCGUCCCGUAGCCGUUCCUGUUGUCGGUGCUGCACUUACACUGCACUUUCCACUUGCUCCAACGGACAUUGAAAAAAUUGGCUGGAUCAAGUCAUCUGCUUCGGAUUCUCCCCGGUCGCUCGUGAGUGUGCAUUACGGAACACCGUUCAUUUUUUCUCGGAGCCCCGCUGCGCAGAUCAGUACUUUUCCAUCCUGCAGACGACGUCGGUGUAGUUCUUAGUUUGCUCCUACUCACCGCCUGCGCGACCACAGAUUGCGUCCCUGACAGCGGCCACAGAUCGGCAUCGAGAAGAAGAACACGGAGCAACGGGGGCUGCCCCAUUUUUUGUUCGAAACCUGUGGCUUCCUCGUCUGUUCAAGUCGUCGACAGCGGUGGGUGAUACCUAUUUCAAGUGCACAUCAAGCUGUAGAGGAGCACCCACCGGAUCCGGAACAAAGCCAACCACGCGUUUCCUGUUUAGGAAGUCCAACCGAACAUAGGACACCACUUCAUCAAGCACCUUUUAACAAGGUCAAAGCGGGACUACACGAGAUACAGAAGAAAGUAAACCUUCUCGACGUCGUCCCUGAAAGAACCGCAAGAAAAAUAACAAGAUGGCGUCGCUGAAAGCGAUUUCGAUGCGGAUGAAGUCCGUAGCGAACAUUUAUCCCGAUGGAAAGAGAAAUGCGAGACAUUCGGCUGGAGUUUGUGAUGCAGCAAUAGAGAUCACGACAUAGUGGAUAAGUAUUAUAAAUGCGAUUUCCCAAAAUUGUAAUUGACCGGCGCGCGAAGCGCUACACUCGUAGUGGAGGUGCUACAAACACCAGAUGAUGCGACUAAGUACCUGAUCAUUUCUUGUGGCACUUCAGAACAAGCAGCCCCCCCCCCGCGGGCGGUCCGAUUGUUGUCAUUUUAACUGUUGCAUACCCUCGGGAAGAUUACGAGUGCGAUGAAGAUGGUCUCCACUGCAAAAUUUAAGCACGACGAUAUCAAAAUGAAAAGUAGCCUCACCACCACAAGAGUCCGGACUAUUGCACAAGUUUUCCAGCACGUGAGAAACUCUUUUGUCUUGCAAGAAGCGAACACGACGCGUUUUUUGUCAGAAUCGACAAAGCCAGUUAUGCAAAGCUUCGACAUGAUGACAGACACAUAUAUCGCUUCUACUGUGGCGCUGCGCAGCAGCACAGACAUCCGCUGGUCUGGCCUGAAAAUUUGUCACGCUGACACAUUCAAGGUGGCAAGUGUUUCCUUCCAUUGGGAACUUUUGCAAACACGUCCACCGCACUCUGGGGUCGUGGGGGCGCUUUUCAAUAUGAUUGACGAGAGGAGAUACAAUGCGGGCAAGCCCUUCAGUGACCCAGUACUUUUUUGUUUUUAUCAUGUGACUUGUUUUUCUUUCGCGUCUUAUUUGUCGUGCUUUGUAUGUGUUGGAAAUGGAAUUGGAUGCAAAUUUUAGGUAGUACUGAAAGGUAAAUUUUAUGUAGUACUGAAAGUGAAAGUCUAUUUCUCAGGUAGUAAAAUUCUACGAGAAGCUUCCGCCGAUGGACUCGUCAAGCUUGGUAUGGAAUGAGACUGCUCUAGACUUUGGAUAAUGCAUCAACGCUAACACAAACAUUGGCAAUGGGAGACUUCGACAGCCAUAUAGAUUCGGAAUAGAUUCCAAAUAGAUUUGAAGUAGAUGGUUUCUGUUUUCCGAGAAAGCGUCUGCAGUUCUGCAGCACGCGAUCGAACGGAGAAUAAAAACAGUCACCGAAGUCGCGAGCUGGGCGAAAAAUGAGAACAAUUCUGACCAAAAUUCCCGGGCCGAUGAGAAGUGGCCACAAGGUGCCUGCCAUAGCCCGAGAAAGUGGCCAGGUGAAGGGGGUAAUCUUGCAGCGCAAGCGCCGCGCUAUGCUUUUAGUUGGGCCUAGACUCUCGGACCAAGUAAGAGCAUACCCUGGCGCCUGGGAAAAAGAUUGCUCUGGCCCGCAAAAGCUGGCACAGGCGCCACGGCAUUCUUUUGCCGGGGCUGCCAGGUUUUAAGGCCAGGCACUGUCACAGCGGUGCGCUUGUGAUGCGAAAUUCUCCUGGCAGGCCCGAGAAAGUGGCCAGACCGAUGAUGGGGGAGCGUGGUGUUUCUGAUGCGAAAAUGUUCUGGCCCGAGAAAGUGGCCAGAUAAGGGGGGGUGGUCUUGAAGUACAAGCAGCACGCUGUGCUCUUACCUGGGCCUCUCGACUUUGAGGCCAGGUAAGAGCAUAGCAUGGUGCUUGGAAGGAAAAAAGGCCGCAUCAGCCGAAAAAAAGUUGGCCAAAACACCACGGCACUCUCUUACCUGGCCUGGCAAAUUUUUGGGCCAGGUAAGAGGGCAGCGUGGUGUUUGGGAUGCGAAAAUGUCCUGGCCUGAGGAGGUGGCCAGGAGAAAGAGACACUUUUUUUAGCACAAUCGCCCUGCUGUGCUCUUACCUGGGCCUCCAGACUUUGAGGCCAGAUAAGAGCAUAGCAUUGCGAUUGGAAGGAAAAAAGACCGCAUCGGCCCAAAAAGCUUGGUAUGGAAUGAGACUGCUCUAGACUUUGGAUAAUGCAUCGACGCUAACACGAAGACGAACACCACCAGAAGACCACAUUUCUUGAGCUGCGUUCUUUGACUUUCAUCAUCUGGCUUUGUAGUAACAGUACGCUCGUCAUCUUGAUGAUGAAGCCUGCCUGUAGAAGGCCUUUGCAUGUUCCACGAAGUUCUCUCGCAGCGAAACAAGACCAUUUGAAUGGUGCAAGGAGCCCAGGCGGGUGCAGGAACUUGUACUUUGCGGCGUUGUUGAAUUUGUUGUCGCACUCUUGUUUCCCUUUCAUGCCUUCCCGCCCUGAAAAUGGUCGUGUUGUCCAGCGACAAGGGGAUGUGUGGCGGCAUAAACUCGGGGCUCGCGAAGUCCGUGCGGGUGAAGGCAAUAGAAGAAGAGCAGGCCGGCACGGCAGUGGAGCUGAUGUGUUGCGGCAGCAAGGCACAAGCCGCGCUGAAAAGAAACUUGGGGAACAGGUAUUUUUAGAGUAGAAGUUGUACUACAUCUUCUCAGUGACUUUAUGGACAAAGUCGUAUUUAGAAUUACACUGCUUCGUAGUUUCUUGCUGCGUUGUGGAUGGUCGUAGAGCUGCUGCCCAGCACGUCUGAAACGAAGCAUGAUGAGGUCGGUGAAGUCUGUCCCAUACAUUGACGAUAAACUACGCAAAUCGAAAAAGGACUUCGUAGACACACUGGCACUGCAUGGAAAACGUUUUUGUCCCAAACUACACUCAACAUGACGAAAAUGUGUGUUGCAUUUUGUACCCGUAUUGCGACCUUGGAUUGCUAGUAUUGCAUAUACAAUUUUUCAAUAGACAGGUUUAGCAGCAGCUCGUUCGAAGAGAUUCAAGCGGUGCCGUAAUAUCGUAAGAAAAAACUAGUUCACUGUAAACUUUUGUUGCAGAUGAAAAUGCAUGAUCGCAGAAGUAUUGGUCUUCCAGUAGACAUGCAAGACCAUGGGCUUCUAGGCGCAUUUUUCCUUAGAAAGCUCGCAUGGCAAAGUGCGAUAUAGAGCAAACUUGUGAUCAUGCAAAACUUGCAAAAUCGUUAGAGUGAAACACUUUUUUCUUACGAUACGGAAGAAAGCCAAAAUCAAGUAGAGAGGACGACGCCAACGCGCCAAUCAUGCAAACAGGGAAGACAUUUUCACUUGUCCACCUGCUUUGGGGGAUGCAACGCUGCUACAAAGCUAGGAGACGGGCAGGCCACAAACAUCGUGUAAGAUUAGUUCUUGAGUAUGCAUGUAAAAUAAGUUGUAUUCGGCAUUAUACAGCAUCAGCAUCACAAAGAAAUGAAGUCCUCUCGCUUUUGUCCUAACGUAGUUGAUACCACGUUCAACUUCACAACGGCGUCCAUGCUUGCGGAGAGCGCGAUGGCGGGCGAGCCGGCGCGGAUCAUAUCAAACGCAAAUAUGGUUGGGUCCUCUGGAUGAGUGCAGGAGUUUUUCAUGCAUCUUUUUGAUCACGCAACUGGUCUUUAAAAUAAAGGAUUGAGGCCUCUUCGGCAUGAGAAGUUUAUUUCUUGCGUACGCAAGAAAUGGGCAGAUUUUGUCGCUCCUGCAAAACAAAUUUCUGGUCAUUUUUCCAGAAUCCGCAUCACAAGUUGCAACCUUCCAGAUCGAGACAUAUUUGCAGCGGAUAGAUCAACGUGGUGCACAAUCACUUUCAGAGCAUGAUCGCCUACGAACCCUUGAAUGUACCAGUUUACAUAUGAGAGCGCAAAACGCCUUCAUCUUCUCAUUUGGAGCGCGUUUUUUCAUCCAGCAAUUGAACCCCCCCCACCUUAGAAUGCUGUCUUUGUAUGAGAAAUCCACGCGGUCCGGAAUGCACUGCAGAUUGGGCGUCAAGAAUUUUUUUUCAUGCGAGCACAGCCAAGAUGGAGUUCCAGUUGCAAACGAGGGGGAGGAGGAGUUGUGCACUUUCAUAUCACACGAAAAAGGCGGUGAAAAACGUGGCACCACCGGAGUGGAGUAAGGCCGUGGAUCAGUAUAGUUUCAAUUUUUUUGUUUUCCCACCAAAUUAUCGGGUGUGAAACUGAACGUCGUGUGAAACUGAACGUGGUGGUGAGGAAACUUGCAUUCUUGCAUUCACGGCUAUUGUCGUCCGAGCCCCAGGUCGUGGUACUCAUUUGCGUUCGCAAAAAUCAGGAUAGAUAUGCUUCGUAUUGAUCGUUUCUAGAUUAUGAUGUUCUAACAUCCAGCCUGCAGCCUCAAAGUGACCUUUUCCGUAUCAAACCACGACUUCAAGGUACAAUUUCGAGCCGCCAACCUGGGAAGUGUGGGACGACCUGCAAGAGUUCUACACCGCAUGCGCAAUCUAUGACGCAGAAAUUGUAAUUGACACAGUUGUAGUUCGGAAGUUGGAUUAGGCUUUGUAGUAAGGAACUAUGCGAACAACUAGCCGGCUGAGGUUGCGGCAACCAUCUUUUUGUUACUUCAUGGAUGCCUGAUGUCAUGGAAAAAAAAUCGCACGCGACAGCAAAAAAGUCACAUCCUCCCCUGCGUCGUCGGUUUUGAUUCUUAUUCCGACGAGAAUGAAGAGGUGAUGAAUAAUUUUGUCGAGGCUCCACAUGAACAGCAGCCAUAUGUAUUUCCCUAACAUUGUUCCUCUCGUCCGGACGACAUCAUACGUUUUACUCUUGUCCGUGCAUACAACCUACGGAAAGUACCUGGACGGCAUCAUUUCGGAGCAGAGCGCCCGCAUGGCGGCCAUGGACAAUGCGUCCAAAAACAGUGACGUAUCGCAAGGAAAAAUCCCCCCUCCCCAUAUUGAAGAGGUAGGUUUUCGAAAAUUUGUGUUGCUGAUUUGAGGUCACAAAUCACGUUUGUGUUGCAAGAAGACAAGGGCAACAGCUUCCGUCCCAUUAUGGAGGGUGUUUGUCAUGCUGUUGAGCCAACAUCACGGACGCUGUUCAUGCUAAGCGCCUAAGUCAAAGCCUCUCUGCCCAGGCUUGAUAUGGGUCUGCAGUCCUCUCCAGCAAGACAGAUGUGAUUUGUGUACUCAAAUACAGCAACACUAAUUCCGUCUUCGAUAUGGGGAGGGGGGAUUUUUCCUCACAAUAUGACGAGAUCGUCGACAAGCUUACCCUGCAGUACAACCGCGGGAGGCAGGCACGGAUCACGACGGAGCUCUGCGAGAUCAUCGCCGGCGCGAGUGCGCAGUAGAGCUGGGAGGGCAGAUUAUAGCCAAAUUCCUUACACAGUGACACUACACUUUUUUCGUACGAUAUCGGGGACAAAUCAAUGGCACGAGAAUCGUUCCUGCGGAAGCCGUAGUCUGACGAAAUCCAGUUGUGCUUCCAGUACCUAGAUAGUUCUUUGCGCAAUCGCCUUGCUGUGUUGUGGUGGUGAAAUCAAUCACACAGUGUCCUUAUCCUUUGGGGCUGCUGUUUAGCGGCGCAAUCUAGCUGGAGUUUGUCAUUGCGGAGCGGAAUAUCACUUCGUUGGUGCCACAAAAAACAACCAGAACAUCGCCCGAUAUCACUGGUGGGUGCAAAUGCAUUCCUCGUGCAAAAAUUUUCCUUCAUUUAAUUAUUUCAGGAGGUUUUCUAUCUUGUUCGUCUUCGUGUUCCAUUAUUCUUCUUGCAUGCGCACCAGAUAUCAAAUUAGAUGGCGCCUUUCCAUUUUCCUGCAAUCCAACAUCCCGG